UAUGUAUAUAAGGUGGGGAUAGUUCUGGCAUCUAUCUCACUUCAUUCCUUACUCGGUGUUUAGCGAGUUCGCGUUUAUAAGAAUACUUAGGAUAUGUUUAGUCGUUCCUAAGUCGUGAACUAUAGUAUUAGUAAGGAAAUAUGCAGUAUUUGGUAUAUUACCCCUGUUCGUGAAGGAACGCUUAAUGUGCUUGCAUGUGAAUGCGCCUCGAUUUUCGAUUUUUCCCCGUAUUUCGUCGUACAGUUUUCAAUAUGUGUCAGUGAAUAUUUUGGAAUAAAUUCGUCAUCAAAUUUGAUUAAUUAUAUGAUAAAAUGUCGAAGCCCGGUGACAAACAGAGCUAUGCGCAGACAUAUAAAUUGGUUGUCGUAGGUGGGGGUGGUGUCGGAAAAUCUGCGAUCACAAUACAAUUCAUUCAAAGCUAUUUUGUAACCGACUAUGAUCCAACUAUCGAAGAUUCUUAUACCAAACAAUGCGUUAUCGAUGAUAUUCCAGCUAAACUCGACAUAUUGGAUACAGCAGGUCAGGAAGAAUUUAGCGCGAUGAGAGAACAAUACAUGAGAAGCGGCGAAGGUUUUCUCCUUGUAUUUUCAGUAACAGACCAUUCAUCUUUCGAUGAAAUAUUGAAAUUUCAUAGGCAAAUCCUUAGAGUAAAAGAUCGUGAUGAAUUUCCCAUGCUUAUGGUUGGGAACAAAGCAGAUUUGGAUUAUCAAAGAAUUGUGUCUGUCGAAGAGGCUCAAAAUAUGGCUCGCCAGUUAAAAAUACCAUACAUAGAGUGUAGUGCAAAAUUAAGAAUGAAUGUUGAUCAAGCUUUUCACGAGUUAGUAAGAAUUGUUAGGAAGUUUCAGUUGUCUGAAAGACCCCCGCUAGAUUUAAAUCAUAAAAAGAACAAAAAGAAAUGUUGCAUGUUGUAAUAUUCAAUAUGUUCUUGAUCAGCUAAACGAAACAAUUGAUACAAAGUGAAAAUCACGAAUCAACAAAGUAUUCGAUAAUGGCAAUUAUAAAGCACAAACGGUGGUAAUUUUAAGGCAGCAAUGAGUCUUGUCAUAUUUAGAAUACCAAAAAGGUAUUCUCUUUGGUAAAAAAGAACUUAUUUAUACAAACGGAAUUACUAGCCUAGGAUUUUUAUCAACGAAGAUGAAUUUUGUAUAUGUAUUCUUACUCUAACAAGAAUUUUCAUAAUUUCUUUUUAUGAAGUAGUAUAAUAUACAGGGUGUUCUGCAGGAA